GUGUUUACCAUCGAUCGAUCACGUGAUUGAUUCGGAUGUUUUUUCUUUAAAGAAUUAAUUUAAUUAAAAAACAAAAAGAUGUUUUUGUUGAAAAAUUCCAUCAUCAAUAAAUUCUAUCCAGUUAUUUCACGAUCAAUUCAUUUGACAACAAUAAAUCGGGCACGUGAUAUAAAACCAUGGAAUGUUGGUUUGGAAGGUGAAUGGCGUAAAGCAAGAUCAAAAAAAGUAUUAAAAUUUGAUCUACCGGAUUUUGAACAAAUCCGGUCGGAUACAAAACUGACGCCCGAAGAAUAUGUAUCCAAAUUGAAAGAAAAAGGUAUAGCACCGCCAAAACAAUAUAAAGAAAAACCUAUAGUCGUAACGACGACGCAAGGCGUUCUCGAUCCAUACGUUCCGCCUGAAGGUGAUGGUAAAUAUUCGAUUCUUUCGAAAACGGGAGUUGGACAAAAAGCACAACACAUAAAACAAAAAACAGCAUCAUUUAUGGCAUUACGUAAGAUAAAAUCCUAUGAAGAUAAUUUCGAUCUACCAACAUUUGUUGAUGAAGCCAAGGAUAUUUAUAUUAAAGCACAUGAAUUGUUGGUUAAUUGGAAUAAUCCUGAUAACAAGGAAAAACUAUUGGAUUAUGUUACGGAAUUUGCCUACCCGUUGAUGACAUUUCAACGUGAUUUAAAAACAAUACGAUGGUCAUUCAUAAAAUUGAAUGAUAUCCCGGAUGUAAUACAGAUUCGAACACAAUCAUUGAUUGAAAAAACCAAUAUGUUUUCACAGAUUACGGUUCGAAUGAAUAGCCGUCAAAUUCUGGCAAUUUAUGAUCGUUUUGGUCAUCUAAUGUAUGGUAGUGAUGUAAUUGUUAAAGAUGUUUUAGAAUAUUUAGUUUUUGAAAAAAAUAUUUCCGAUUUUAAUGGACGUUGGCGUUUACAUGCAAAAAUCCUACCAGAUUGGAUGCCACCAAAAGAUCCAAUUCGAAAAACAUUUAUUCGUGAUCCAUUACCCGAACCACCAAGUGCAGAAGAAUUACGUUUCGAACGUGAAGGUAUUAUUAGUGAUGAAAAUAAAGAAGAAAAAGAUCAAGAAAAACAACAAAAAAUCGAUAAAAUCGAUUCUACCCCCAUCACCGCGGCUUAGAAUUCUUUUUUCUAAAUCCGUUUUUUCGAUUUUGUAAAUUUUUUUUAUUAGAUAAAAAUUAAAACUUAAAAAUCAAAAA